AAAUACCAUUUUAUAUCUUUAUGCAACAAAUACAUAUCCAAUUGCCAUGCUUCAUGCUUAGCUUAUACAAAUUUCUUCUACUCUCUAGACUUUAUCCAUUCCUUAGCCUUUUCUUGCUACCCCAUGUGCUAAAAGCAACUUUUCUUUCUAACAAAUUUUCAAAAUAGAAUUUUUUUUUGUUUCUUUAUUACUUUAGAAAUCUUAUUAUAGAAUUGACAGGUAUAACAAAUCUCACUUUUUUCUUUCUAUAUCUUUUUCUUCUUGCAUCUCAUUCCAAAGAAAAUAUAGACAACCAUAUGAAUAAAAAUGAAGUCUUUUGAAGCUGAUAUUCAAGAAUUUCAUCCAUGGUUUCUUGUUGGAUUCACCUUGAAUCAGCUUAAGUAAAAAAAGUUUAGGUGACUUGGGUUCGGGACGUUCAUCAGAGUCAGAACGACCUCAAUGCUCAAAUAACAUUUACAUAGGUACUUACAAAUCAUUCAUCGAAGAGAUCAUCAAAUCACAAUUAGAUUUUUUGCUGUUGGUAAUUCAGUCAUGAAGGAGUUUCCAUCUUGUUUUGGAGAAAAUGGUGUUCAGGUUGCAGAUUCAUCUUCAUCCUCUUCAAGUAGUAUAAGAGGGCCACAAAAUGUGGUUACUUGUAUCUAUCAAUGUAAAUUAAGAGGUCGUUCAUGUUUGAUUACAGUUUCAUGGACAAAGAAUUUGAUGGGCCAAGGCUUGAGUGUGGGAAUUGAUGAAUUGGGUAAUAGUUGCUUAUGCAAGGUUGAUAUAAAGCCAUGGUUGUUUUCAAAGAGAAAAGGGUGUAAGAAUUUGGAAGUUGAAUCUAGUAAAGUUGUUAUACUUUGGGAUUUGAGUUAUGCUAAAUUUGGUUCUGGGCCAGAACCAUUGGAAGGGUACUAUUUAGUUGUUAUGUUCAACAAAAAGAUGGUUUUACUUUUAGGAGAUCUGAAAAAGGAAGCAUGCAAGAAGAUUGAUAGUGACAACAAUGUUAGUGGUAAUAAUAAUUCUGAUGCAAUUUUUAUUGCAAAGAGAGAACACAUUUUUGGCAAGAAAUUUUACUCUGCUAAAGCUCAAUUUUGUGACAAGGGUAAGGUUCAUGAUGUGAGAAUUGAGUGUGAUACACUUGUUGGGACUAAUGAACCUUGUCUUGUGAUUAGAAUUGAUAGCAAGAUAGUGAUGCAGGUGAAGCAGUUGAAGUGGAAGUUUCGCGGUAAUCAAACUGUUUUGGUGGAUGGUUUUCCAGUAGAAGUGUUUUGGGAUGUUCAUAAUUGGCUCUUUGGAAAUGCUAUGGGAAAUGCUGUUUUUAUGUUCCAAACUUGUAUUUCAGCUGAGAAGUUGUGGUCAGGUCAAUCUGUUUCAGAUCCUUCUCUUUUGACAUGGGCUUAUUCUCAUCAAUUUAGAGAUUCUCAGUUGCAAGGUCUUGGAUUUUCUCUCAUUUUGUAUGCUUGGAAAAAUGAGUAGUUAAAUACAAGAGUUGAAUCUUAUUAUUAUUAUUAUUGACUAUUGAGUAAUGAAAUUAUAUUUUGAUUGCUA